GAGCUCGAGGAGGAGCGGAAUGCGGCAGCGACGGCCGCAAGCGAGACAAUGUCGAUGAUCCUUCGCCUACAGCGCGAAAAGGCCGAGGUGCAAAUGGAGGCGCGCCAGUUCCGUAGAUUCGCAGAGGAGAAGAUGGCGCACGACGGCCGCGAGAUUGCUGAGCUCGAUGAUCUCCUUUUCAAGCGUGAGCAGCAGGCGCAGGCUCUUUCCUGCGAAGUUCGCGCUUAUAAGAACCGAUUAUUAAGUCUCGGUUUCAAUAUCGGAGGCGAUCCUGUAGUCUUCAAUUCUGACGGCGAGGAAGGAGAAUCUGAUAUCCCAGGUGACGUCCGCUAUCCUCCCUUGCGCUGUGGUGUG